AUUUAGGUAGUCAGCAUGACCCUAAUCUAAGUCCAGAAUCACCUAGAAAAUCUAAAAAUCUAAAAGAUGCUGCUCACACUCUGAAAGUAGAAGCAUUACGUAGAUAUAGAAAGAAACUCCAUGCAUUGAAAACACCCCCUGGUAGUGGAAAAAGAAAGCAUGAUUCAGUCCCGAAUACUCGUGAAAACACUCAACGUGACACCAACAACACUAGUGAUUCAAAGCAUGAUGAAGCAAGCCCAAAGCAUGAAUCCAGAACCAAACAUCAGCAGCAGCAUGCUUCAAGUCCUAAGAAAGACCUAGAUGGUCACAAGCAUAGAGCUGAAAGUCCCAAGUUUGGUCUAAAUGGUCAGAACCAUGAGCCUCAGAGUUUUAAACAUGGUUUAAAUGGACGCAGGCAUGGACCUGAAAGUCCUAAGUAUGGCCAAAAUGGUCAAGAUCAGGGGUCCAAAAGUCACAAGCAUGACUUUAAAAGUCCCAAACAUGACCUUGAAAGUCAAAAGCUAGAGAAUGAAACCCUCAAAGGUAGCUCAGCAGUAAGAGGUACAGACUUCUUAAAACCCAAUCAAGAUGGAGUGAAAACACAACCAGAUAAGUUUGAAGAAGAAUCUGAUAGACAGUUUGGAAAACAACCAGAGGAAAGUUUUGAAGAACUGUCAUGUGAAGGGUCUGGGAGCCAGGCCUCUGAUGAAAUUAUGGGCCAGCAAUCUGGUAAGUUUGAUGGGGAACAAACUGGAAAGUUUGAUGGUGAGCCCUUUGGAAAGUUUGAGGGACAACAAGAUGAUAAAUUAGAUGGGAAGCCAUCCCAGCCAUCUGGGAGAUUGGAAGGACAGCAAUCUGAAAAGUCUGAAGAACAGCAAUUUGGAAAGUUUGAGCAGCCAUAUGGAAGGUUUGAAGAGCAGCCAUCUGGAAAAUUUGAGGAGCAGCAACACAAAAAUGCUAUCAGACAGCCACAUGAAAAGUCUGAGUCAUCUGGAGAUUUAAGAGGACAACCUGACAAGAAAUUAAAAAUGGAGCAAGAUGAAAAGCAUGAAGGGGAGCCAGAAAGGACUCCAGAUGGCCGAGAAUCUGUCAGUCCAAAUGCCAUUGAUGGAUAUGAUAAUAACAAAGACAGAAAUGAUAGCGAUGGAUCUGAUGAACUCACAGAGGAAGAAUUCAUCCCUGAUAACCCAAGAACUAGCAGGAAUAUGGAACAAAAUCAGAUUGAAAAAUCAAAUAAUGAAAACCAAAAUGGAUUCAACAAAAGAGGUACAGGUAUCCCAUCAACCUGUGGAACUAUGUUAUUAUUUCAAUCUAUAGAUGUAAGAUGGUGUUUGGGGUGGUGGAGGGUAAAAUGGCUGAUUGCAUGUUAAAACAGCAUUUACUCUCAGUGUUGCAAUGGUCAUGUGUCGGAGCAUAAUUUAAAAAAUGUUAAGUUUAUUUGAGAAUCAAAUAGGGAGCAAAUUUUUGAAAAAUA